AUGGGCGUUUUUAAAUUCCUUUUUCCGUCCUCGACGCUUGGAUAUUUUCGGAAGCCACGAAAUGAAGCGAAUGAAUGUUUUCCGUCUUUGAAACAAAGAUUUCAGGAUAGACCAACUCCGGAAAACCAGCGACUUGACAUCUGCACCUGGCGGAAUAACCAUUCUUAGCGGUUAUUCGCCUUUACAAGCAUCUUCUCUGGGUCCACGCUGGAAGUCGCCCCCCAUGUGGCCGUCGGGAGUGGGGAGCAGGCAGCCCUGCCCGCGGGAGUCGGCGCUGCGCAGGGCGGCCAUCAGCGGCAACAUCAACGCCCUGCCGCCGCACCACGUCCCCACCGGCCGUAGCGUCCGGGUCUUCAUCAGUGCCAACCCCGACGACACAGAAGCAGAGAGGAACGCACUGAAAGAGCAUGUCUACCCCAAACUACGAGACUUCUGCAGGGAGAACUAUGGGAUUGAAUUCCAGGUGGUGGACCUGUACUGGGGCGUAGAUCCAGAGGAGUGGGACAGUCCAGAGUUGCAGCGACUAAGAAUGAAGCUCCUGGAGGAAUGUCUAAAGACCUCCGCGGGACCGUGUUUUGUUGGUCUGGUGGGAGAAAAGUACGGCAGCAUCCGAGUGCCGGGGGAAGUGGAAUCGGCGGAGUUUGAGAUGAUCUUGGAUGCAGCUGUGGAGGCAGGGCUGGACACACACAUCUUGGAAGAGUGGUACUGCAGGGAUGAAAACUCUGUGCCACCCGCAUACUACCUCAAACCCAAAGCCCAAAUGCUGAAGAACUACCAGAACUCUAUGGAGUCAAGCAGCGCAGCCAAGACCAAGAAUGACAAGGCCUGGAGGAAUGUGUCGGAGGAGAUCAAGAGGAUCUUCCGAACAGCGGUGCUGCAGCUUCAAGAAAAGGGGACCAUGAAGAGCGCUCAGGCCAAGAAAUUCCUUUGCUCUGCCUUGGAGGAUGAAUUAGACUUUGCCCUUGGGAAACAAACUCCUGCCUUUCUCAGGAAAUGUGUCUGCUACAUUCGCAAGAUCUCCAACUUCGACCGCUUCGCCAAGCUCCCUGAAAUGGCCCGAUACAUGGAUAUCGUGGUCAGCGGCGACCGCAUCAUGCGCAACCAGGAAGCCUACGAACGCCUUCUGAAGGUACGGGACGAGUUCAUCCCAACGGUGGUUGCUGCCUCCAAGCUCCGCGUCUAUUCUUCUGUCACUCACUGCGACAUGAAGCUGGGCUACUCCCAAGAGGUGGAGAGCCACUAUGUGGAGGGUCUGUGUAAGCAGUUCUACGAGGACAUGGUGGAUAUCAUCCAGGCCACAGUCCAGCAGAACUUUGACACAGAGACUGACCCGCUGUACGAUGAGAUCCUGCAGCACCUGUCUCUCUGUAAAAACUACGCAGCACUCUACGAGUACAAGACCGAGUCGCUGGAUUACGUGCAGGAGUAUCUUAUGCCAUCCAAGGGGAGCAGAAUGAGUCCUCUGGUGGUUUACGGCGGACCCUGCACCGGAAAGACCCUGCUGCUGUCUGAGGUCGCCAAACAGGCCUACACAUGGCUGCAGAAAGAAAUGGGCCCUGAAACCGACCCAGUGGUCAUUGUCCGUUUUAUUGGCUCCAGCCCGCUCUCCACAGACCUGCGCACCCUCCUCCAGAGCAUCUGUGAACAGAUUGCAAUAAACUACCGCUGCCUGAUUCACUUUUUGCCUAACAAGAUCCAGGAGAUGAGGGAGCUCCUGAUCAACCUUCUAGGGGAAUCCUCAUUCCACAGGCCUUUGGUCAUCGUCCUGGAUGCCCUGGAGCAGCUCUCAGAUGCAGACGAAGCUCGCAAGCUGUGGUGGCUCCCCAUACACCUGCCUCGGACAGUCCGCAUUGUAGUGUCAACAUUGCCCAAUAAACAUGGCAUCCUGCAGAAGCUCCGACACCUCAUUCAUGAUGAGGGGUAUUAUGUGGAACUAAUUCAGAGGGACCGCAAGGUCUGCAGCCAAACAUUAAAGCAGCAGUUGCUGGGGGUGAAGAGGAAAGUCACCUCAGGCCAACAGAUCUAUGUCAAUGAAGCACUCGCCAAGUGUACAUUACCUAUGUUUGUCAACCUCAUAUACAGAGAGGUAGUUCACUGGAGGUCUCACAAAGAUGUGGAUGACAGGUCCCUAUGCUCCACAGUGCAUGAAAGCAUAGAACAGCUCUUCUACUCAGUGGAAAACAAGUUGGGCCAACGAUUUGUGUUCAGAGCGUUAGGCUACAUCACCAUGGCCAAGGCUGGACUAACUGAGGUUGAGCUGGAAGAUAUUCUGUCCCUGGAUAACAUAGUUCUUGGUGAUGUUAUUGUGGCAACAUAUCUCAAAAACCCUUUGAGGAUCUCUUAUGACUUGGUUGCGAGGCUCAAAGAGGAGCUGGAGGGGUAUCUGGUGGAACGUCAAGUACGUAACGUCACCCUGAUGGUCUGGGCCAACAGACACCUGCAUCUCAUUGCUCAGAAGCUGUAUCUUAGCAAUGAGGAGGAUGUCCAUCAAAUGCACAGCCUCCUUGCCGAGUACUUCCUGGGGGCAUGGUCAGGAGGCAGGAAGAAGAUCUUUACUUACGAUAACAACCAUUUCACUUCCCUUAACAUAUCCCAUCACAAAAACCCCCAUCAUCAACAGUCCCAUGAAAAAACAUCUUCUGACAAGUACUCCUAUGACAGGCAGACUCCUGAGCAGCCUUGGGUCUUCCAGUGCAACCUUUUGGAGCCUGACAUCUUCUUUGUUAACCACAGAAAGAUGACAGAGCUGGUGUACCACCUCACCAGGAGUGGGCGCACUGAUGAUCUCAUGUUUGGUGUCAUCAUGAACUUCAGCUGGCUCUACACAAUGAUCAAGAUUGGCCAGUUUGAAAAGGCUUUGACUGACAUUGACCUAGCUUACAGCUACACCCAAGAAAAAGAACUGAAGUUCUUGGCCACCACGCUGCGUAGCAUCAAGGUAAAAGUGCUGAAGAAUCCAGCAUCACUGUCUGCAGAACUGCAGCAACGGCUUCUUCCAGUUGUCACCUCCCUCCCCAAGCUCAGACACCUGCUCCUAGAGUGUGACAAAGACGGUCCGAAGUACUGCUCCAUAGUGCCUCUCCACUCCUCUAUGGACGUCACCUACAGUCCAGAGAGGCUUCCUCUGUGCUCUAGCUACAUGCAGAUUGUGGAGAUCUUGCCCACUCUAGCCCCAAACAUAGUCCUUGUAGCCCUGGAAGAUGGGUCUGUCAGUACCUGGGAUGUAGAGAGCAGACAACUACUGCGACAGAUCGACACAGCCAGAUCCGUUGUGCUGGGAAUCAGGCUAACCACUGAUGAAAAGUAUCUGGUCGUGGCCACAACCAAAAACACGCUGCUUAUCUAUGAUAAUCACAAGUCCUGCCUUUUAUCUGAGGUUGAAAUCAAAGGGUCCAAGCAUGGUGGCGUCACUGGUGGGGUUGCCUUCAUCAAUGGUUUUACCUUGUCCACCCAUCAUGCUUUGGCUUGGCUUGAGGCCAGUAAAGACGUCAAUGUCAUUGACCUUCUCUAUGGCUGGCCUCUCUACCAGUUCCAUUGCUGGUACGAGGUGACUUGUGUCCAGUGCUCUCCGGAUGGAAUGUAUGCCUUCUGUGGCCAGUACCUCAACACUGCAUCCAUCUUUCAUCUGGGAAAUGGGGACAAGUUGGCCACUGUGACCUCUGAGUUCUCUGGGGGGUUCGUCAAAUCCAUCCUUGUACUGGACACCCUUAACCAAAUGGUGAUGAUCGACAAUGAAGGCAGUUUGUCAGUCUGGAACACCAAAGAGAUCACCAACCCGAGGCUGAUGGAGGAUUAUGAUUGUAGAGGGGAUGACAGUGAAGUGGUGGGCAUUGAGUUAUCAGAGGACCAGCGCUCCAUUCUCAUUUGCAAGGCCAGAAGUAUUGAAGUCCUGGAUACAAAAGUAUGGAAAAUGGUGGAGAAGUUCAAAGCCAAGCGUAGUGAACGCUUUGUUGCUGCUGUUCUGUCCAAGAAUGGACAAAGCAUUGUGGCCUCCAUGGAGAACACCUCCUCCAUCUUUGUCUGGAGGAGGGACAGUGGACAGUGCAUGGCUAACCUGAUUGAGAUCUCAGGGGCUAUCGUCAAACUCAUUAAAUCAGUCCACCACAACCUGUUGCUUUCUGUUGCAAGCAGUGGAGUGCUAUCUGUUUGGGACAUUGAUAUCAUCACCGCUAUGUCCAAUAUUGACAAAACAGGCAAGAAGAUCCAGACCUUGCUGCUGUCUGGCAGAGAGGAUUACGUGUUUACCAUGGACGGUUCCGAAGCAGUCCACAAGUGGAACUUUAGCACUGGCUUUAUUGAGACAGUCUUCAAGCAUGAGGGUAUAGUGGAGAACUGUGUCCUUACCUCCUCAGGGGAUCUUAUGGUGACUUCAGAUGACAAGUCCAGCCAGUACAUUUGGCAAACCAACACAGGAGAAAACAUCUUCCGCAUCAAUGGACAGAGAAUAUCACAGCUGCUAAUCACCCACAAUGACCAGUUUGUGGUGUCGCUCUGUGAGCAGAACGCCUCCAGAGUCUGGAGGCUCGCCACUGGGCACAAAGUGUGCAACAUAUUAGUCACCCUCCAAAAUGCACUGAUCACCACUGCAAAUACUUUCCUCGUGGGAACCUCCAAAAACAAGCUCCUCGCUGUCAGCCUGUGGUCGGGCAGUGUGUCCAAGAAGUUUGUCUGUGAUGAUGGUAUUUCCAUCGUCAACUUCAAGCUCAUUCCUGACUGCCCCGACUGCGUGGUGUUCAUCACAUCCACAGAGACUGUAUUCAUCUGGAGUGUGGCAGAUGAAUCAGUUUGCAGGCGAGUCCAGCUGCCAACCAACUUCCUCAAAAAUCUAGAGGACUUCCAGAUCUCACCCAAUGGGAAACUCGGAAUUGUAUCCAAGGGUGAUGAGAAUAUUAACGUCCUGGACCUUCACAGCGGAAAGCUGAGGCUCGUCCAUGCUGCUGGUAUAAUCUGGCGUCAGAAAUUAUCCAGAGAUGGACGUUAUCUUGUGUACAUCUGUUUCCGGAACUGCGAUGAAGAUGACGAUGCCGGUGUGGUGUCCAAUCUGAUAGUGAUGCGCCUCGCUGAUGGUAAGAGCAUAGGCACAUGCUCGCUUUACAAGACUCCCACCUUCCUGUCUCUCUCCCAGAGAGCACUAAACAUCAUCAUUGGCUUUGAGGACGGCAGCAUUGGCACCUACACAGUAGUGGACCGUGUGGAUGCUGCCCUCAAGAUAAAGAUAGCCACCUCCAACAGCCGACAGAUUGUCAACAAUGCCUCGCAGAAGGUGCGGCCCAAAUGUGGUAACCAUUCCUUUAAGACCGUCGCCGACUGCAUUUGGAGGGAGUCGACUGAGGUCUUCUCCAGGGACAGCCCCAUCAACGUGUCUGACUCCGGUGAAGGUGAGUCAACCACGCCUACAAAAAAGACUGAACUGCUGCAGUGA